AUGACUAGCGUCAGCUGGUCACCAGAUGGAAGACGCCUUGCAGUUGCCUUGAAUAAUUCACACGUUCAGCUGUGGGACACCUUGCAGGGGUCUAGCCGAUUGGUAAGUGGUUUCUUUCGCGUCUUCUUUCUACAGAAGUCAACUGCAAGGGUUACGAGGUCUAACAUCUUUCCAUCUACACAGCUGAGGACGUUACGAGGACACAAAUUAAGGGUUGGCUCACUUGAUUGGAAUGACAACAUACUGACAAUUGGAGGCAUGGAUGGUAUGAUCAUCAACAAAGACGUGCAUGUAAGAUCCCACGUAGUUGGAACAUACAGGGACACACUCAGGAGACACGAGCGCGAGCUUUUGAGUUCUCACGGCUUUACCGACAACCAGGUCACUGUUUGGAAGUAUCCUUCUAUGACGAAAAUUUCAGAACUUUUCGGUCACACAUUACGAGUUCUUCAUAUGGCUCAGAGCCCGGAUGGCUAUAUUGUAGCGACUGCAGCAGCGGAUGAGACACUAACAUUAUGGAAUGUUUUUGGGAAUCCUGAAGAGAAUAAGCCUGUGCUAAAGAGAAAGCUAGAGCCAUUUUUUAACUUGGCACAGAUUAGAUAA